AGAUGGAGAAAGUCGAGUUACUUGGCUAUUCAUCCCUUUCAAUUUCACCCCCGCGCGCAAUGCCGUGGUAAAACCCUCUCCGCCUGUCCAUCGGUCCCGGCCAGUAGAGAGUGUGUGCGUGGACUGCAAAUCGUUUUUCUUUCUUUGGAAGGGACGUGCAUCACUUCUGGAAACGGCAGUCGACAGAAGUUUAUUGGAUUCGGAGGAUAUUGUCAAACACUGGGCAUAGCUGGAUAUCAAGCUAUAGCUAGCUACACUGCGUUGAUCAGACUCCACCAUCGCCUGAGUGCAGUCACCAUCUUCAGUCUCAAGCUCUCCAGCCCUCCUCUGUAGAGACGGACAGCCAGGACUGAGGGGAGAUGAAACCGGAUGGGGUUGCCACGGCAGCGAUGGAGCCAAUGGAAGCACUGGACGCCGAUCCGGUAAACGAGCCAGUUGCGAUGGGAGAGGAGCCUAACCAGGCUGCGCCGGCACCUCAGACGGAGGGAGUUGGCCAGCAGGGAGAGAUGGGGCAGGGAGAGCCUCAUCCAGAGCCAGCCCAGGUGGCCCCCACCAAGACGGGGAACAGCAAGGCUGCAGCAGACCCGAAAGCCAAGACCAAGGCCCCCGCUGCUAAGGCGAAGCCUGGGACCACCGCCACAAUUAAGACCACGACCGGACCAGGGUCUCGACCCAACACUGCCCAGAGUCGACUGACCAAUGGGGUUUCCAAGCCACAUGCCAACGGAGUGGCCAAGAAGACGACCACUGGAGCCCCAGAGAAGACCACGCCCAAGAGUCCCGUAGGCAAAGCUGUUUCCCCUACCACUAAGACCACCGCCAAGGUUGGUGAGAAGAAGCCAGCGGGCACCACCCGCCCUACGUCGGCUCCUGCUGCCACCAACGGGGUGAAGGCCACCACAGGAACAGCAGCAAAGAAGACACCUGCGGCGCCAACUAAUGGUGUCAAAGCCACCACCACCGCUGCUAAGAAGCCCACAGCUCCCCGGCCUGUCUCUGCAGCUACCACCAAGCCCAGCACUGCCGCUGCUCCCAAGCCUGAUAGGCCUCCUGUUUCCAAGACAACCAGGCCUGCCACUGCUGCUCCAGGAUCUCGCCCUGCCUCUGCUGCAGCCAGGCCAGCCACAGCCAGCACAGCCAAGAGCUCCACAUCCACAGCCAAGCCUGGCACCCCCACGGCUAAAACCACCUCCACCACCCCCAGACCAGCUUCUGCCAAAGCCAGCUCUACAACACCCUCUGCUGGACGGACCCCGAUAUCACAGCCCUCAAAAACCGCAACUCCCAUCAAGAAAGAUGUUACCAAAUCAGCCACCAAGAAGCCUGCAGCUGCACCUCUAACUCGCACCUCACCAGCCAAGACCACCAAACCUGAGACUCCCAAAUCAGCCUCCGCAUCCAAGCCAGACUCCACCCCCAAGAAGCCGGCUGCCAGCAGCAAGGCCGCAGACACCAAGAAGACGCCAAGCAGGCCCACGCCUUCAAAGGAUGUCAGUGCUGGCCCCAAGACCCCUAGUACCAAGCCAGCAGGGAAGGCUUCCACCCCUAAGAGGACUGUGGGCAGCAACACUCCCAUGGCAGUGAAGCGUGGCCCCAAGCCCAUGACGGCGGCAGAGCCCGCGACUAAAGCGAGUGAGACCAAGGACGCCGCUGUUGCUGCCGCCCUAGCUGCAGCUGCCUUGGCUGCUGUGGUCUCUGUGGCAACCUCGGAAGAAGCAGUGGUGGCUGCAGUCCCAGAGGAGAAGGAGACUGUGCCCCCUCAGGCCAGCCAGCCAGAGGAGGCCCCAAUCGCUCAGCUGGAACUGGUCCCCCUGGAAGAGCCAGCAGACACAGUGUCUCCCCUGGGGACCACGGUCAUGUCCCCUCCAUGCUCCCCCACUGGGCCCAUGUCCCCGGUCAGGGAGCCCCAGAAUGCCUCUGCUCUGCUGGACAUGUACGUCCAGCCAGACCCCAGGUCCCAGAAUCAGUCUGCCAUGGCUCCACAGAGCCCAGUCCAGGAGGAGGUGAUAUUCCAGCCAGACCCCUGGGCCCAGAAUCAGUCUGCCAUGGCUCCACAGAGCCCAGUCCAGGAGGAGGUGAUAUUCCAGCCAGACCCCUGGGCCCAGAACCAGUCUGCCAUGGCUCCACAGAGCCCUUUCCAGGAAGAGGUGAAGAUCCAGCCAGAUGAGCAGCAGGAGGACCUCCUCAUGCCCGCCUCUUCAGCCCCUCCUGCAUUCAGCAUGUCUCAGCCCAUGGAUGAGUUGACCUCAGAGGUCCUGGUCUCUCCCUCUCAGGACCAGGAAGAGGCAGUGGAGAAGGCAGAUGAGGAGAUCAACGAAGAUGACGAUGAGGAGGAAGAGGAGAGGACAGUGGGCAAGCCGACAUUACUGUUUGACAUGAGUAGCUCUCAACCCUCAGAAGAGACCAAGCCUGUAGGCUUCGGUGGUGCCACCGGUUGGCAUGGGGAUGACCUUUUGUCAGGGAUGGACUCUGAGGAUGUGAGCAGCCGCCUGCAGGGGUCGUCAGAGAUUAGCAGCACCCAGCAUACGGGCCUGCUGCAAGGUACCCAGAGCUCCGACGCCCUGGUAGACUCCAGCCUCAAGGGCUCUGAGGGAGAAGGCUCCCCCGAUGUGGAGACCCUGCUCAACGUGGAGGAUGAUGAGGAGUAUAGGAAGGUGGGCAAGCCGACAUCACUGUUUGACAUGGGUAGCUCUCAGCCCUCAGAGGAGGCCAAGCCUGCAGGCUUCAGUGGUUCCACCGGUUGGCAUGGGGAUGACCUUUUGUCAGGGAUGGACUCUGAGGAUGUGAGCAGCCACCUGCAGGGGUCGUCAGAGAUUAGCAGCACCCAGCAUACGGGCCUGCUGCAGGGUACCCAGAGCUCCGACGCCCUGGUAGAUUCCAGCCUCAAGGGCUCCGAGGGAGAAGGGGCCUUCAUGGGCUCCCCCAAUGUGGAGACCCUGUCCGACGAUGAGGAGGAAGAUGAAGAGGAAUAUGAGGAUAGGAAAGUGUGCAAGCCGACAUCACUGUUUGACAUGAGUAGCUCUCAGCUCUCUGUGGAGGACAAGCCUGCAGGCUUUAGUGGUUCCACCGGUUGGCAUGGGGAUGACCUUUUGUCAGGGAUGGACUCUGAGGAUGUGAGCAGCCGCCUGCAGGGGUCGUCAGAGAUUAGCAGCACCCAGCAUACGGGCCUGCUGCAGGGUACCCAGAGCUCUGACGCCCUGGUAGAUUCCAGCCUCAAGGGCUCCGAGGGAGAAGGGGCCGUCAUGGGCUCCCCCAAUGUGGAGACCCUGCUCAACGAGGAGGAGCGAGUUGAUGUUAAUAUGGAUGUGAGCUCAGAGCGGGCAGUGGACCACCGGAUGGUGUGUCAGCAAGAGGAUGAGGAGGAUGAUGAUGAUGUGGAGAUGCCCAGCGAAGGGGUGACGGAGAGUGGACUGGAGAGCUGUGGGAAUGCAGAUGAGGAUGACUACACAGAGGAGAACCGCUUGGAUAACCUCAACCGUUCACCCAUCCCACCUUCCUCAGCCUGGGGUCAGACAAACCCCUUCACUGACCCCUGGGCCCAGCCCCACCUCUCCUCCCCCCACACCGCCUCCAGCCCCCUGUCUGACCACGGGGCUGCCGACCCUGAGACGCCCACCCAGUCCUCUGCCCAGGCCUGGUUGGAUCUCAGCGCACCCUCUCUGACGCUCCAUUCAGAGCAGCCUUCAGAGCCCCAGUCUGCCCCUGAGGAGAUGGAGAACUCCUCCCCAGCCCCCCCAGGGCCCCCUGCUGUGGGCAUGUCUCAGUCCAGCACCCUGAGUGGCACGGCCCUGGCCAUCCAUAGCAGCAGUGAAACCAGCACUCCCGAGGAGCUCCGUGACUAUGACAGCAGCUCCGGGGUGGAGUCACGCUCUGACAAGCAGCAGACCCCUGUGCCAUCCAAUGUGCAGCCUGACCUGGAGCAGGACUUGGGCAUCCAUCUGGAGCGAGGUGACGAGGAGGAGGAGGCUGAGACGCUCCCUGCUGACGAGGUCCUGGGAGCAGGCCCUCCUACUGCCCCCGCCUCUGCCCCCUCCUCCCCCUCCACCUCGGGAGACGAGGCCAGCGACACGGAGGGUGAGAUGCAGAUCAAUGACCCAGAUGUCCCCAUCACCAUGGAUGACAGUGCUGAGUUCGACAGCCCACCGUCCGCCCGUAUCCUGCCUGCCCUGGAAGAGGAUGAGGAGGUGGUGGAGGCGCCGGCCGGAGAAGGAGAGGAGGACGGGGGUGGCGGCACACCCCAGUCUGCCAACUCAGUGGCGUCUUACGGCUUCGACUGCACCAUGUCCAACUCCAACGCCCACUCCACUGCAGAGAGCUGCGGUAAGAGCCCCGGCAUCUUCUCCCUGGAGAACGAGGACCAGUUGCCCGAGGAGGCCAAGGACCCCUCCCUCAUCAAGGAGCUGACCCUGCCAGCAGCGGCCGCCCAGUCAGAGGAGCUGCUGGGAGGCCCUGUAGACCUGCUGCCCCUGGGCCAGCCUGGGGACCAGCACCACUACAUGCUUGGGGGGAAGAUGGAUGCUGACGACCUGGAGGAGGCCAACACCCUGGAGGAAGCCCUCCGCCUGGGGCCCCAGCAUGCCGGGCAGGCCAGCGAGGGCCAGCCACCCUACUACUCUGCUAUAUGCGAUAAGACUGAUGGCUUUCUGGCAGGUAACGUAUAAGUCCCUACCCCUGGAAUGCACCUUCUCCCUCGCACCCCUCCCCCCUUGUUGUUCUUAGUUUUUCUCUCGAGGUCGGUUAGAUGGUUUAGAAAAACAAGCAAAUGAUGGUAGGAAACAAAAUAAAGCAAGGGGAACGAAAAAGACUGUAGAUCAGUGAAGCCUCCCUCUUUCAUACUACUAUUAUGGUUAUGACUGUAUGGCACUACUUUAUGUACACUAGCUACCAUUUUCUAUUAGAAUGUUCUUUUUAAGUAACACUGCGUACUCCAUAACCCCUGAGGGGGCGUUGACUGACUGGUCCGUUGGGACAAAGCUCUUAAAAGAGAAGGAGUAAAAUGAGAAUGGACUCUACCUACAUGUGUAUUUAUCCUACUGUUUUUACCAAACAAAUGUCAAUUAUUUUUUUUCUACUUUUGUUGGAACCCGGUCCUGCCUCCCCUAUGUUACACGUGCCAUUUUAUCCUGCACCAUAGAGAUAGUCCUACUCUCUCUUUUUACACGUUUGUCUUCUUGUUUUCAACACUAUUUUAGUAUUGAGUAAAGACUAGAUAUUUAACAUGGCUUUCCUCCCCUUACACUUUUGUUGAGGUCGGUAUGAGAGUGUUCAAUUUGAAGUUUGUCUAGUUUUAAUUUGCGCUACAGGAAGUUUGCCUCUCCCUGCAUAGAUUAUUAUGGCAGGUAAAGUUGUCAUGUACGGUGUGUUUUUUGAGGCAUCUGUUUUAAGUGGUCAUGCUUCAUGCCUCUCUUAGUUGAUCAUUUGUGCUUCAGAACCAACUAACAACUAUUUGUGGGGAAAAACGUGCAUUCCUCUGCAUUUUAGAAUGACUCUCACUGAAAAUGCUUUUCUCACUGAAACACUUGUAGUGGUAUUGGAUAUUUCAACUUGCAUGUACUAACAUUGAAAUUGUAUCUGAUUAAACCAUUAUACAGUAGGGAUGUUCAUAAAUGAAUGGUUCACACUAAGUAGGUUUUUCAAAAUUCCAUUAAACAUCAUUGCAAGGCA